UAUAUAUAUAGAGAGAGAGAGAGAGAGAGAGAAAGGAAAGAAAAAAGCUAUGGAUCAUUCUGUAACAGCAUCAGCACAUGGCCAUGGUCUCCCUCCUCCUUUCCACACAAGAGAUCUACAUCUGCACCAUCAUCACCACCAACAGCAGCAGAAUUCUGAAGAUGAACACAGCGGCAGCAGCGGCCUAAACAAAGGGAAGAAACGCGAUCGUGAUGACAUCAACAGCAACCACGGUGAUGGCAACGAAAUGAUUGUUGCAGCCGGAGAAGGAGAAAUGACGAGAAGACCACGAGGUAGACCAGCUGGUUCCAAGAACAAGCCUAAGCCACCGAUCAUCAUAACCCGAGAUAGUGCCAAUGCUCUCCGAACCCAUGUGAUGGAGAUCGCUAAUGGGUGCGAUGUCGGCGAGAGUGUCGCAACCUUUGCCCGGAGGCGCCAGCGAGGAGUCUGCAUUUUAAGUGGGAGUGGCACUGUAACUAACGUCACUCUCAGGCAACCUGCAACACCCGGUGCAAUUGUGACCUUACAUGGCCGCUUCGAAAUCCUUUCUCUUUCUGGGUCAUUUCUACCACCUCCGGCUCCGCCCGCUGCGACGGGAUUGACCAUUUACUUAGCAGGCGGACAAGGUCAAGUAGUGGGAGGAAGUGUGGUUGGUGCUCUGGUUGCUUCAGGUCCAGUUGUAAUAAUGGCAGCUUCAUUCGGUAACGCAGCUUAUGAACGGCUCCCCCUUGAGGAUGAAGAACCACCACUCCCAAUGCAGAGCGGAGGCCCUCUCGGCUCUCCAGGAAUGGUUGAUCAGCAACAACAGCAACAACAACAGCAACAGCUUUUGCCCGACCCUAACAUGCCUCUUUUUCAUGGCUUACCACCAAACCUUCUAACUCCAUGCCAAUUACCAGCUGAGGCCUAUUGGGCCACUGGUCGCCCUCCAUUUUGACAAGCUACUCUCAGUCUUGUUUUACCUUUCUAUCAUCUUUUUUUAUUGCCAGAAAAGAGCCCAGAAAGAAUUGGAGCUAAUGAGAAAUGUGGUGUUGGUGAUUCGAGCUUUCUUUUCCUCCUUUCUUUUGUAGUGUUUGUGUUGCCUCCGGGGGUGACCGGAUGAUUAGUCUGCCGACGGUUGAUUGAAGAAUUACAAUCAUGUACGAAUUCAAUGAAUUUUUGGUGGGGUAAGAAGAGCUUCGGAAACCAUGGCCAAUGUCACUACAUACAGAAGAACAGAAAACUUCAACAGCAACAACAAGAGAAAGGAGAAGAAAGAAGAAGAAUUGAUGUUGGCUGGACUAUCUUUCCUUCCCUCUUUCUAGUUCCUUUUCUGUUGCAGCUCCGGUAAUUUGCCCGACAAUUCUUCUUCUUCUUCUUCUUCUUCUUCUCUCUCUCUCUCUCUCUUCAAACGAAAUUUGACGAGUAUUGUCUUUCUAAUUUUUGCCUUUAUCAGUUUGUUAGUGGUUAUCUUGUCUGAGUGAUCAAGCUUCAUUUAGAUGAUUCAGCCCCCCCUCCCUGCCCAAAAUAAAAAAAUCUUCAGAGAAAGAGAGAGAGAGAGAGAAGAACCCUAACACCCACCAAGCAUUCAAGACUUAGAUUGAUUGAGCUCCUCUCAGUUUUAACUAUUCAAGAUAAGGCCUUCUGAUAUUCACUACUGUCCACCACUCCAACUUGAAUCCAUUUCGUUCUGUCAGCAGACUCAAACCCAUCAUCACGCAUCCACCUAUCUCUAAACCCUUUCUUUACUUCCACACUGAACAAUUUGUUGUUGUUGUUAUUAUUAUUAGAAUUAGAAUUACUGCUGCUGAUGCGAGAUCGAUGAGAUGAAAGGCUGAUUUUCAUUUGGUGAACCGGUGAGGGAAAUGGGGAAGGUGGCAAUGCAGACUGCAAAAGGGUAAUGGGCUUCUUAGAGUUGCCUUGGACAUAGUGUAGGAUGUAUCCAUGGUUGGAUGGUGUCUGAGGCGGGAAGGAGACAUGAAUAUCGGGUAUUGGAUUACACGUGCACUGCUCUGAACCAAGCUCCAAUCUCCUUUUCGAGGCAAACAAUUAAACACUUAAAAAAAAAAGGCAACAAACGAGGACAAAGACGGAGUUGGAACUACGUUAAAGUUCUAUUCAGUUUUCUCUCAUCUCAUUAGCCUGAUCAAUGUAAAGCUACGGCAGUAAAGGAAUAGAGGAUCGACAAGUAAGGUAAGUAAAAUAAAAAUCUGCUUGUCUGGAAUGGGGCAGAUGUUCAAAGCCCAGCUCAUCAUGUUCUUUGUACUCAAACUAGCUCCCAGCUGGUCCCAGCAGCUCCCCAUAUUUUUUUUUAAUCUUUCAUGUAGCUAUAAGCUUAACCAUUCUUCUCUUGACACA